AAUCAUGCAGAGUCGGCUAGGCUGCAACCCGUAGGCGGAGUCGACUCAAGUGGGCCUGUCUCCCCCGCUUUUAAUACAGAUGCGAUCCUCUGUUCGCCUGGCGUCCAGCACCGAGCGAGGCGAGCGAACCGCAGGCAGCGGACGUACAGAGAGAGAAAGAGAGAGACCGGCAAAAACAACACCAUGACAGCACCGAACACAUACGACGUUAUUGUGAUCGGCGGAGGAAUAUCAGGGCUGAGUGCAGCUAAGCUGCUGAAGGAGAAAGGGCUGAGUCCUGUGGUUCUGGAAGCUAGAGAUCGGGUUGGUGGACGGACCUUCACCGUACGGAAUGAGCAGACUAAGUAUGUUGACCUGGGUGGGGCCUACAUCGGGCCAACACAGAAUCGGAUCCUCCGAUUGGCUAAAGAGUACGGAGUCGAGACCUACAAAGUCAACGAGGAGGAGAGGCUGGUGCAUUAUGUAAAGGGAAAGUCCUACCCAUUCAGAGGCUCCUUCCCCCCCAUGUGGAAUCCAUUUGCCCUGAUGGACUACAACAACCUGUGGAGGAAAAUGGAUGAGAUGGGCAGCGAGAUCCCCAGAGAGGCUCCAUGGAGGGCUCCCCAUGCUGAGGAGUGGGACAAGAUGACCAUGAAGCAGCUCUUUGACAAGAUCUGCUGGACCAAUUCUGCGAGGCGGUUUGCCACUCUGUUUGUGAACGUGAACGUGACUUCUGAACCCCACGAGGUGUCGGCCCUGUGGUUCCUCUGGUACGUCAAGCAGUGUGGAGGGACCAUGAGGAUUUUCUCCACCACCAACGGAGGACAGGAGAGGAAGUUUGUGGGCGGUUCCAGCCAGAUCAGUGAGUGUAUGGCCAAGGAGCUGGGUGAGUGUGUCAAGAUGGAAUCUCCCGUCUACAGGAUCGACCAGACAGGGGACAUGGUUGAGGUUGAGACUCUCAACAAGGAAACAUACAGGGCCAAGUAUGUGAUUGUGGCGACUGCCCCUGGUCUGAACCUGAAGAUGCACUUUAACCCCGAGCUGCCCCCGCUCAGAAACCAGCUGAUCCACAGGGUCCCCAUGGGCUCUGUCAUUAAGUGUAUGGUCUACUACAGAGAUAACUUCUGGAGGAAGAAAGGGUACUGUGGCACUAUGGUGAUCGAGGAGGAAGAGGCCCCCAUCAGCUUGACUCUGGAUGACACAAAGCCUGAUGGGACUGUGCCCGCCAUUAUGGGCUUCAUUCUGGCCCGCAAGUGUAGGAAGCUAUGUGAACUGACCAGAGAGGAGAGGAAGAAGAGGAUCUGUGAGAUCUACUCCAGAGUGCUGGGCUCAGAGGAAGCUCUGCAUCCUGUGCACUAUGAGGAGAAGAACUGGUGUGAGGAGGAGUAUUCUGCAGGCUGCAUUACACUGCAUGUUUUACUUCCCCCUGGUAUACUCACCCAGUACGGCAAGGUUAUCAGGAAGCCAGUAGGCAGACUGUACUUUGCAGGCACAGAGACAGCUACUGAGUGGAGUGGCUACAUGGAGGGGGCUGUUCAGGCAGGGGAGAGGGCCGCCAGAGAGAUCAUGUGUAUGAUGGGCAGGAUUCCUCAGAAUCAGAUCUGGCAAACAGAGCCUGAAUCAAAGGAAGUCCCACCACUCCCAUUCGUUACCACCUUCUGGGAGCGGAACCUCCCGUCGGUGGGUGGGUUCAUCAACUUCCUGGGCGUAGCCUCUGUCCUGUCUGUUGCCACGGCAGCAGGCCUUUUGGCCUAUAAGAAGGGGCUUCUCACCCGGAGCUAAACCUAAACCCCUCCCACUUUCCUCAUUCUUCUCUCCUGUGGCACCCUAUUCCCUGUACAGUGCACUACUUUUGACCAGAACAAGAGUAUUGCACUACUUUUGACCACAUGUGGCUAUGGUUCUAAAGUAAUGCACUAUAUAGGGAACAGGGUGCCAUGUUAGCCUUGGUAAAGACUGUUUAACUCUGUCAUUCACUACUGUACCAUCGCCCCCAUCCAUUGUUCUAAAACUAGUAUAAACAGUCUCUCAACAGACCAUCUCUCAAGACCAACUCACAAUAAUGGUGUCUGUUCUGCUAAGAUGUGUCUUUGACACCUUAGAUUUGCGAUGAAAGAUGUGAGUGGAUAGAGAGAAAGAGUGUACGUGUGAGAGAGAGAGAGUGGGGGGAGUGAGAGAGAGAGCAAAAUAAACCAAAAUAAGUCUGAUUCAGACUCUUUAACCAAUGAAGGAUGACAACUAAAUCAGAGUUAAUGAAAAAGAAACAGUAGCUUUUCUGAUGACCAUUAUCAUUCCAGAAAUUGCCAAUAAAUUCACAAACCUGUGUUGACUGUUUGAGGAUAGUCAAGACUAAUUUGUGUGUGUGUGUGUUCCGUGUUAAUUACCGCUGCUGAUUUUAGGUGCUGACUGAUCUGAUCUCUAAUGGCAUAGAAGCUGUAACCAGCUCUAAGAUGACGUUUAGUAAAGUCAUAAUAACAGUUUAGUAACGUCAAAAUAGUGGCCGAAUACCUGUGUAACCAGAAUCCUGCAUCUCGAGUUGAGUCUCCAUUAAGCUGCUCUUAAUAGUCAUGGUAUGCCUUGUAUAGAGAAUGGAAGUAUUUUAAUGUAUUUACCCCAUAUAUCAUGAUUUCUGUCAUUGUUGUUUCCAUUCUAAUCUCCUAUGAGCAAAUUUCAAAUAUCAUGCAUUUCAUUUUAUAUUUGCCAUAGUUUACAAUGAGGCUCAAUCCUCGAUGAUAAUCAUAAACUAUAUGUUGAAGAUGCCCAUUAUACUUGGAAGUCAUUUUAGAGACAAUCCUUUUAUUGUCUGGGUCUAUAACCAUUUUUAAAAAUACAAAACUAAACAAAAUACUAAGAAUAUUUGACUCCAGUACUACAAACAUGUGAUAUUCUCCCAUAAUCAAAAGCUAGAGCUCCAUCCAUUAUGUCACUACCUAACACUGUGUGCGUGUGCAUGUGUGCGUGCGUGCGUGUGUGAGUACACUUAUUGUGUCUGUCUCUCCAUGCAUUCGUGUGUGUGUGUGUGUGUGUGUGUGUGUGUGUGUGUGUGUGUGUGUGUGUGUGUGUGUGUGUGUGUGUGUGUGUGUGUGUGUGUGUGUGUGUGCAUUAUUGUGUGUGUGUGUGCAUUAUUGUGUGUGUGCAUUAUUGUGUGUGUAUGCAUUAUUGUGUGUGUGUGUGUGUGUGUGUGUGUGUGUGUGUGUGUGUGUGUGUGUGUGUGUGUGUGUGUGUGUGUGUGUGUGUGUGUGUGUGUGUGUGUGUGUGUGUGUGUGUGUGUGUGUGUGCAUUAUUGUGUGUGUGCAUUAUUGUGUGUGUGUGCAUUAUUGUGUGUGUGUAUGCAUUAUUGUGUGUGUGUGUGUGUGUGAGUACACUUAUUGUGUCUGUCUCUCCAUGCAUUAUUGUGUGUGUGUGUGUGUGUGUGUGUGUGUGUGUAUGCAUUAUUGUGUGUGUGUGUGUAUGCAUUAUUGUGUGUGUGUGUGUGUGUGUGUGUAAUCAAACCUUAUAUGUAACCAUUCUAUUUUAAUGCUCUCGUUGCUACAUGUUGAGAUGCUGUAUUAGAUUUAUCACAGAAAUAUAUUAGGCAGUAUUUAUGCUGGCAAAACAUUAGCCAGCGAAAUAAAGACUGACUAUUUAACCUUA